CAGAGAUUCAAGAUGACUUCCCAGGAGAGAUGCUUUCUGGAGGGGUUGUGCUGAAGACUAGAACUGCAGCCUCUAACUGGGACAGCUCCUGCUGGUCUGGAGCUGAGACCAACUUCUCUCCCUCCCUUUUCCCUUGGAGAUGUUGCAGAGAUUUAAUCUGACCUCUUCCUCCUCACCUGAAGCCUGCCGUGGCGAUGAUCCCGCAGCCAGAUCCGACCACCAAAGAGAAGAGAAUUGUGCGUUUGAAGCUGGGCCGUCGUUGUAACUGAACUGGAAUUUACUCCCUGCUUGCGCUCCUGGAACGAGUGCUGUUCCUCUGCUUGCGUGUGUGUGUUUUGAGCCGCUCCUCCCUGAUCUUGUUUGGAAUUCCUGGGCUUUCAACACUGAAUUUGCCCAUGGCUUUCCUGAUGAAAAAGAAGAAAUUCAAGUUUCAGACAAGUUUCACUCUGGAAGAGCUGACUGCUGUCCCCUUUGUGAACGGGGUUCUCUUCUGCAAAAUCAGGCUGCUAGAUGGAGGAGACUUUGCUAGCUUAUCUACCAGAGAGGAAGUUCAGGAAAACUGUGUCCGCUGGAAAAAGAAAUUCACCUUUGUGUGUAAAAUGAGUGCCAACCCAGCCACGGGCCUCCUGGACCCCUGCAUCUGCCGAGUAUCUGUCCGUAAGGAGCUGAAGGGCGGAAAAACGUACUCAAAGCUGGGCUUUGCUGAUCUAAAUCUGGCAGAAUUUGCGGGCUCUGGAUCCACUGUCCGUUGCUGCUUGCUGGAAGGAUAUGAUACUAAGAACACCCGACAGGACAACUCCAUCCUAAAGGUCACGAUUGGAAUGUCCCUGCUCUCGGGGGACCCCUGCUUCAAAACGCCUCCUUCCACCGCCAAAUCCAUCACCAUACCAGGACAGGACUCUACCCUGCAGCUGACCUGUAAGGGCGAGGGAACCACAAGCAGCAGCAGCAGCAGUUCAGCCACGAUUGGCUCUCUGCGUCAGACCAAGCCAAGAACUGCCAUUCUCAGCUCGGGUGUUCCAGAAGAACCGGAUCAGAACCUGUCCAGCCCGGAGGAAGUCUUCCACUCGGGACACUCGCGGAACUCAAGCUACGCCAGCCAGCAGUCCAAGAUCUCCGGUUACAGCACAGAGCACUCCCGUUCGUCUAGUAUGUCUGACUUGACCCAUCGCCGCAAUACCUCCACCAGCAGCAGUGCGUCCGGAGGGCUGAGUAUGACAGUGGAGUGUCCUGAGGGAGAGCGGGACCACAAACUAGAGAAGCCACCUCGCCCCCCCAGACCUGCCCUUCUGCUGGAUAGACCCUCCCGGAGGAAAAAAGAUUCAGUGGAGAGUCACCCAACCCGAGUGGAUGACACGAGAAUCGAUGCUGAUGAUAUAGUGGAGAAAAUAAUGCAGAGUCAGGACUUCACAGAUGUCAGCAAUACUGAAGACAGUAACCUGAGGUUGUUUGUGAGCAGAGACGGAACAACUACAUUGAGUGGUAUUCAACUGGGAAACAGGGUCUCAUCUGGAGUUUACGAGCCAGUGGUGAUUGAAACCCACUAAAUGUGAAGAACAGGGUAGAGCUGCUGGAAACAGGUCCCCUACCCAGUCUGCUGCCACAUGGAUGCCAACCUUUACCUCUCUUCAUGCAGCAUUCCAGAAGGGAUUUCUCCACGCCCCUCCCCAUACGUUUGCACUGCAGAACUACUCCGAGACCACUCCAGAUCAUGCACUUUCCCUGCGUUGGCAUUACCCUUCUCCACUUCCCGGUUCUUCCAGUGCCUGCCUUCCCCCUGUUCCUGAUCAGACACAAAGUGUCUGUUGGGCUUAUUCUUAGUCCUACAGGAUGUUGCUCAUCUGCAUCCCUCACUCCACCCAUUCACUUGCAACAGGGGACUUCUCAGCUUCUUUCUCCCCAAAACAUUGGGUUAUACCACUGUGAACUCUUUAAACCACUGGGGGAGGGGGAAACCAUUCUAACCAAACCGAGAGCUGCUCGUUGGUGACACGGUGAAAUGGCCACUUGCAGGAUGCUUUAUUCCAUUGACUCUGCAAGGGAACAUCACCUUCCAAGGCAACGGUUGUACUGAACAAGGUAUGCUAUGGUGUGCACUUCACCUUCCUACCCUCAAAUCCCCAAACAUCCUCUUCUCAUAGGAAAUAUCUCCCAAAAGUGCAUUUCAGAAAACUACCACAAUCCAGAUGGGAGUUGAUAAACGGUUAAAUGCUAGUGCUUGUUAUACCACUAACUGCAUUACGCCCUUCCACUGCUGGGCAUGGAAGGGCAGUGUUCAUCUAUUACGGUUAGCAGGAGCACUUUAGAGGUUCCAGAUUUUACCUGGAGGAGGCUUCUACUUGCUGUUCCAGGACCAUAAUCCCUGUUCGCUGGACUGAUUCAGCAAAUAGUCACUGUUGGAGCUUGGAAUACAAAGCCUCUUUUUUUUUUUUGGUGCAGGAAGGGAACUGCCCAUCUUGGACUGUGAAAAGAAUCUGGUUAUCUGAUAGCCCUCCCCUGGGCCAGAGCAGGAUGCAGUUGACUGCAGUGGUCUCUCCGUUGUGGUAGCGAUUAACAAUUGCCUCUCUUGGCCUGGGCUAGUAAGGGGAUUGGUGUUGGUUGGCCUUUCUUGCCCUGUUAGCAGAGAUCUAUGCCUGAGCUGGUUCCUUUUGGGGCUGGGGAGAAGCCACUGUUUCUGCCUUCAAAGGUAGAACGGGUGUUUUCUGCUGCGUUAGCCACAGCAGCCGUUCUUACCUGCUCCGUGGCGAGUAAACUCUUCUGACAAGGCUUCAAACUGUUUUCUGGUUGAUCUUUCAAUUGCUGUUCUUUGGGUUUGGUUUCUGCAGUUGUUUGACACUUUAGCUGCCUCUUUUCCUUGCAGUGUGUGGCAGAGAUGUCGGUCCCUUUCAGCUCCCACUUAUAGAUUCUCCCGGCAGCUGAAUUGCAAACGAGGAUCUAUGCAGACUCCAGCUGUGGGCCGUCAGCAGGCUGUGCUUGCAGCCCUUCCUGUACAGAGACUCUCAGCUGAUAAGCUAUUUCUGUGUAGUGCCCUUUCCUCUUUUGCCGGUGUACUGUAGUAGCAGUCAGCGACCCUGCACUCGGAGCAAUGGCACGCUCCCGGGCAUGACUGGGAACGUGCCCUCCUCUGACACACGUGUGCGUACACACACACAGGCACACACUUGUCCCAUUCAGCAAGGAAAGACUUGUAACUGAUCAUGUUGUUGUUCAAAUUCUUAGUUAUUGUAAAGCCUUUUUUUAAAGGAGAAAAAAAAAAAGGAUUAAUUGUGGUCCCUGUGGCCAGAAUGCAUGCAGAUGAGCUACUAGAAAAGGGAAUUUGGCAGAAUGAGAAACAAGGAAUGAAAGGGCCUUGAUUUAUAUCUU